UGUUUUCAUUUCCUCAUGAGAAGAAGAAGUAUAACAUAGAAGAAAGGCAGACACAAUACAUUGGCUUCUGUCACCAUGGGGAACUGGGCUGUGAAUGAAGGGCUCUCCAUCUUUGUCGUUCUGGCAUGGCUGGGGAUGAACGUCUUCCUCUUUAUCCACUACUACAAGGUUUAUGAUGAUGGCCCUCAGUUCUUUUAUACUCGAAGACUUCUUGGGUCAGCUCUGGCAUUGGCCAGGGCCCCUGCAGCCUGCCUGAAUUUCAACUGCAUGCUGAUCCUACUGCCAGUUUGUCGAAAUCUGCUCUCCUUCCUCAGAGGUUCCAGUGCGUGUUGUUCAACAAGAAUUCGAAGGCAACUGGACAGGAACCUCACCUUUCAUAAAAUGGUGGCCUGGAUGAUUGCGCUUCACACUGCGAUUCACACCAUUGCACAUCUAUUUAAUGUGGAGUGGUGUGUGAAUGCUCGAGUCAACAAUUCUGAUACUUAUUCAAUAUUACUCUCUGAUAUUGGAGAUAAAGAAGGUGAAAGUUAUCUGAAUUUUGCUCGAAAGAGAAUCAAGAACCCUGAAGGAGGCCUAUAUGUGGCUGUGACUCGAUUGGCAGGCAUCACUGGAGUUGUCAUCACACUUUGCCUCAUAUUAAUUAUCACCUCCUCUACCAAAACCAUCCGGAGAUCUUACUUUGAAGUGUUUUGGUACACCCACCAUCUCUUUGUGAUCUUCUUCAUCGGUCUUGCCAUCCAUGGAGCUGAACGAAUUGUACGUGGGCAGACCAGAGAGAGUAUGGCUGAGCACAAUACAACAGUAUGUUCUGAGAGGAUCACCCAAUGGGGAAAAAUAAAGGAGUGUCCCAUCCCACAGUUCUCUGGGAACCCUCCUAUGACUUGGAAAUGGAUAGUGGGUCCCAUGUUCCUGUAUCUCUGUGAGAGGUUGGUUCGGUUUUGGCGAUCUCAACAGAAGGUGGUCAUCACCAAGGUGGUUACUCAUCCUUUCAAGACCAUUGAGCUUCAGAUGAAGAAGAAGGGAUUCAAGAUGGAAGUGGGACAGUACAUUUUUGUCAAGUGCCCCAAAGUGUCUAAGCUGGAGUGGCACCCCUUCACACUGACCUCUGCUCCUGAGGAAGACUUCUUCAGCAUCCAUAUCCGUAUCGUUGGGGACUGGACAGAGGGAUUGUUCAAGGCUUGUGGUUGUGAUAAGCAGGAGUUUCAAGAUGCCUGGAAACUACCUAAGAUCGCAGUUGAUGGGCCCUUUGGCACAGCUAGUGAGGAUGUGUUCAGCUAUGAGGUGGUGAUGCUGGUGGGAGCAGGGAUUGGGGUCACUCCCUUUGCAUCCAUUCUCAAGUCUGUCUGGUACAAAUAUUGCAAUAAUGCCACCAAUCUGAGGCUCAAAAAGAUCUACUUCUACUGGCUGUGCCGAGACACUCAUGCCUUUGAGUGGUUUGCAGACCUGCUAGAGCUGCUGGAGACCCAGAUGCAGGAGAAGAACAAUGCCGAUUUCCUCAGCUACAACAUCUACCUCACUGGCUGGGAUGAGUCUCAGGCCAGUCACUUUGCUGUGCACCACGACCAGGAGAAAGACGUGAUCACAGGCCUGAAACAAAAGACUUUGUAUGGACGGCCCAACUGGGAUAAUGAGUUCAAGACAAUUGCCAGUCAACACCCCAAUACAAGAAUAGGAGUUUUCCUCUGUGGACCUGAAGCCUUGGCUAAAACCCUCAGUAAACAAAGCAUCUCCAACUCUGAGUCUGGCCCUCGGGGAGUGCAUUUCAUUUUCAACAAGGAAAACUUCUAACUCAUCUCUUUCAUGAGGAAAUACCUGUAGGUUAUGCUGCCAACUGCCCAAACAAUGCUAGUUGAUAAUAUGUUUCCCCACCUAAAGAGGGAGAGGGGGAUAGAAAGAGAGAGAGAGAGAGAAGAAAACCAUAUGUAAUGAUUUUUCAUGAAAAAUAUUAAAGACUAUUCCAUUGUGAUCAGUUACAUUUGUAUGGAGCUGUAGAGUUUUUAAGAGCACUUUUACAAACAUUAUUUCACUAUUUUUACUCUCAGUAAUGCCACAAGAAGUUAGGGCAAAUAUUUCUGGACUCAUUUUUAGGAUUAAAAAAAAAUAGCACAGAAAGUUUCAGUAACUUUCCUAAAAUUAUGAAGCUGAAAUCAAACCUAAGCCAUCUGACUCCAGGUUUGGUAGUCUUUCUGCAAUAGCAGUGUGCCUCGAAUUUUGUUUUUAUUCUCUCCCAAAGAGGAAGCAAACCUAGAGUCAGCUAUUCAUUUUGCAGUCUAUGUAUCAUUGCUAUAUAUUUUUUUGUCAUAUUGAAGGAAGUUUUCUAAAUGGUUAGAAGAUAAUAUAUGCUGAGAGUGAUUGAUCACUUACAAGGGGACUUUAAACACUUCUUGGAAAAGUGGAGUUCAAGUACAAAGUACAAAUUUAUUUUGGUGCAAAAACAUUUUGAAAUCCAGGCAUAGUUUUUCUUAAUACAUAUUUUCCACAAACUUUUUGAAGAUCCCACCCCCCAGACUAGCGAUAGUAUUGACAUCUGAGCUGACUCCAGUUUUUCAAUACAACAGCCUAACUGGGUCAGAGAUGCUUCUCACAAAAGAAUAUUAGGCUGGAUUUAAUGUAAUAUUCAGUAUUUAGCAUAGUGCUUGGAAGAGUAGAUACUCAAGGCAAGUUUGUUGAAUGAAUGAAAAUACUCCUCUCAGGACUUUGGGUAUGUACUCACACAUGUCCAGCGUGAGUUCAGGUCACCAGGUCCAGGACUUGAACCACAGUCAGCCAUGUGGGAGUCCAGCACUGCAAUCACUAUGCUACCUGCGGACCCCACUCAUCUGCUUUAAAUAGGCACUCCUCCUUGGUUUACUGAAAUAUGCACAUAAAACAGAUCUAGUAUGUAUGUGGUUAAUGG